CAGAGAGAGAGAGACGGAGGCAGGUGGAGGGUGCAGGCAGAGAGAGAGAGAAACCAAGUAGGGAGGAAAAAAACAAGAUGAAGGGAAGAGAAGAAAGGAGAGCUGCCUCUCGUAAACCACGCUGACAGAAACGCAGAGAGAGAGAGGGGGGCAGAGAGGACAAGGAGGACUGAAGAAACCAACGACUCUUGCACGGUUUUCGAGCAGAGGGGAGGAGGAGGAGGAGGAGGAGGAGAGCGAUGCUUCAGUCCAGCGCUGCUUAAACCAAACCAGAGGAGAAGGAGAGGAGCAACAGAGAGGAGGAGAAGGAAUCCAUCGAAAAUUAGCAAGAAAGAGAGGGCAGAGGGAGAGGAGAAAGAGGAAGAAACAAAGAGGAUGGAGGUGCAGAGAACGAGCAGAGACACAGAUCCCUGGUUACUCAGGCUCACAUGAGUGUAUGGACCUGAGCCCGCCCAGAGUUACUACAAGAUGCUGUCAAAGAACCAGUGUGUGAGGGCGGAGUGUUAGUGUGUGAGUAAUGGAUUUCUGUUUGCACAAACUAUGGCUGCUCCUCGAAGCUCAGUAGAAGUAGAUGAGCGCUGGUGGCACUGUGUGCUGGACCAGGUGUGAGUGUGUGUGUGUGUGUGUGUGUGUGUGUGUCGGUGAGGGAACAUAUGAGAGACCAGCUGUUUAGGAGGUAAAUAGGGUCAGUUGCACCCAGAGGUGGGAAUCAAAGAGAGAGGUGGCAAGACGAGCUCACCUGAGCAGGUGCAUGGACAGAGAAUCUCACACACACACACGAACGAGAGGGUGGGCGUGUGUGCGGCUAGCACAAAGGCAAGCUUCAGCUCGACCAACUCAGGACGAGCCACCCAAAGCCACUCCCUACCUCAUCUACACCCAACAAGUGGACUUGACGUUUCAGAAAAAAAGGGACUGAAACACUAGCAUUGGUUCCCCGCUGACUGAGAAGCCCCCCACCUGAUUUCCUGUGCCCAGUGGAUGCCUCCAAACUCCAGCCAUGGGAGAAUGGACCAUCCUAGAGCGCCUCCUGGAGGCUGCCGUGCAGCAGCACUCUACUAUGAUUGGAAGGAUCCUGCUAACAGUAGUGGUGAUCUUCCGUAUCCUGAUCGUCGCGAUUGUCGGAGAGACGGUGUACGAGGAUGAGCAGACCAUGUUCAUCUGCAACACCCUGCAGCCAGGCUGCAACCAGGCCUGCUACGACAAGGCCUUCCCCAUCUCCCACAUUCGCUACUGGGUGUUCCAGAUCAUACUGGUGUGCACGCCCAGCCUCUGCUUCAUCACCUACUCCGUCCACCAGUCGGCCAAGCAGAAAGACCGGCGCUACUCCUUUCUGUAUCCCAUAAUGGAAAGGGACUACGGCGGGCGGGACGGAGCACGAAAGCUCCGCAACAUUAAUGGAAUUCUAGUUCAACAUGGCGGUGAUGGCGGAGGAGGGAAGGAAGAACCCGACUGUCUGGAGGUGAAGGAGAUCCCCAAUGCCCCUCGAGGCCUAACCCACGGGAAGAGUUCCAAGGUUCGCCGGCAAGAAGGGAUCUCCCGCUUUUACAUCAUUCAGGUGGUGUUCAGAAACGCGCUGGAGAUUGGCUUCUUGGCGGGCCAAUACUUCCUUUAUGGCUUUAGUGUGCCUGGGAUUUUCGAGUGUGACCGCUACCCGUGUCUGAAAGAGGUGGAGUGCUACGUGUCUCGCCCGACGGAAAAAACGGUUUUCCUGGUGUUCAUGUUUGCUGUAAGCGGCAUCUGCGUUGUGCUCAACCUGGCCGAGCUCAACCACCUGGGCUGGCGCAAGAUCAAGGCGGCCAUCAGGGGCGUCCAGGCCCGCAGGAAGUCUAUCUGCGAGAUCAGGAAGAAGGACAUGGCGCAUCUGUCCCAGCCCCCAAACCUGGGACGCACACAGUCCAGCGAGUCAGCCUACGUCUGAUGAUGAAGAGAGGAAAAAGAGGAGGAGUGGGAUGAAUGUGCAAGAGAGAGAGUGAAUUAAUUAUGAUUUUAAUUUAACGAAGACGGCGUGGAGGUCGGGAAGAUGACCCCUUCUCUGUGAUGAUGGAAUGAAACAGAAUGUAAAAAGACCAAACCUCCGGCUCUAUGACUUGAACUCAAAGUCAUUAAAAGAGCAGAGGAAGAAGACAAUUAAAAAGAAUAUAGAGAGAAUAAAAGAGGACAAAAAGAUUUUGUUCCGCACAUGAACAUGAUGCACAAAUUUUGGUCUCACGGGGGGAUAUUCCAACUGCCAUUUUAUACUUUUGACCUUUUUUUUUUAAACUAAAGACCUUCUCCUCUGCUCCUCAUUUCUUUUAAAGUGAGGAAUUAAAUCCUCAAGAGGCUGAAGAGGCAAAGACUAGAGAUGAGAGGAAGAGGGGAAGGGAGCUGGGAACAGUUGAGAGGCUGUUUUGUAUUCAUUGGGGAUAUUGGAAGAUGACAGCGGCGUUUGAUGCAUCCCAUGGUGCUUUACUUCUGGACUGCGUCAGCCUCAAUGAAAACGGGAGGACAGGAUGGUGGAUGGGACGAGGAGGAUGAGCAGCGGCAACAUCAUUAAAGAGAGGAACGGAAGAACUGUCAGAGCCAUGACGGACUAUUGAGAACGAAGGUGAGCGCGUGAGAGCGAGAGAGGAGGUGGGAGACAUCACGCUCUGGAAAAAAAAACAACAACAAAAAAACCCAACGACAUACCAGAGGGAGGGAGAGCGAGAGCGUUUGUCUCUCCUGCAUCAGAGACUUGAGUUAGACCAAAGCCAAGAGUGAAAAAGCUGCCUCUGAGCAGUGUCACCCUCGCCUCUGCUGGAACAUCGUCAGGAGCCAAAACCACGAGGAAAAGACUGACGAUGUUUAUGUUUUGUCUCUUGGCAAAAGAUGAUUUUAACACAAACACGGCGCGUACCAUAAACACUUUUUUUUCUUUCCUCUCCCCGAUCUCUCGCUCUCUCCACUCAACGGUUGGCAGCUAUAUAGACCCCAGGGGCUUCGGAUGACAGUAAUGACCCUUGCUGCAGUCCCUCUGCAUAAACUUAGGAGAGGAACUAAUGAACAAAUGGACAAACAGUGUGUAAACGUCAGUCUCUCCUGAAGCACAAACCAAACUUCCCUCCUCUCAGCAUUCCGGUGCGCUGAGAGAAGAAGGAGAGACAGAAAGAGAGGAAAGGAGAGGAGAGGAGAGGAGAGGAGAGGAGAGGAGAGGAGAGGAGAGGAGAGGAGAGGAGAGGAUGGGAACGGGAGCUUGUAGAGGAGAGGAACAGAUCACUUUAUUACAAAUUUUAUAAAAAAAAAAAUAUAUCACCAUGAUUUUAAAUUUUUUUUGAGAAAGCGAUGGUGCCAUCCUUGAGAUAUUGAAUUAUUGUUGGAAAGUUAUAUAGAGUAUAUCAUGGUAAUAUUAUUUAUCCAUUUAGAAUAUAUCCAAAUAGAUUUAUUUAUCUUUGCGAGCGGGUUGGUUGGGAUAUCAUGUUGCUGUUUUUUUUAAUGUAUAAACUGUCUGUCUUUUUUUCAUUUAUGUUUAGUUGAAAGCAUUUUUCACUGAUGGAACUGAUUGAUUACAUGUAGGGGGUGGGAAGGGACAAGUUUGUGAGCUUUGUUUUAAAACGCAUCGAAGCUGCGCAGCUGCUCAGGAAACCUUAAUCGCAAUUGGUACUUAAUUGCAUUCAAAAUGUAGAACAACGCAGCUGUUGAAAACGCAACAUCUUUGUGUGUUUUCUACAGAGAGCCUUGGUUUUUCUUCAAACUCAGCUGCACAGCUUCAGGCGAUGUUUGGCCUGUGAGCCAUUUUGAAAAAAGGCAUGUUUACAUGACGCAAUGUUUCUUGAAUGAUCAAGCUAUGUAACCAGUGAGUAGUAACUCUCUAGGGACAGUUGUGUUUUUGAAUCUCAGUGGUUUUCAUUUAGCAUUUCUUUCCUGACUGGAUUUCAACAUGCAUGCCUUGUAAGAGAAAAGAAUGACACGAAAGAAAAAGACAAAGAUGACAGAGAGUGUUGCACCUUGAUUAAUGCAGACGAGUGGGAGAGUGGCAGACUGAAGGAAGCUAUUUUGGGAUGAAGGCUGUGUCAUUGGACACACGCAUACACAGACAGACACACGCAUACACACACACACACACGCACACGCACAUACACACACACACACACACACACACACACACACACACACACACACACACACACACACACAGAGGAGCAUUGUUUAUAAUAGGGAGCUAUCACACUGUGAGCCUGUGAAACCAGAUAUAGAGACAAUUCAGUGGACGAGAUGUGGCAUCUUUUAAAAUAAAAUGUAGUUAUUUAACUGGCAUGAAUACACACACACACAGGAAUACACUGAGCCAGUAUAGUGUUGUCCAUGGAGACACAAGCCCUAACUCCAAUUUUGUGUAUUUAAAUCCAUUCUUGCUCACUGAUCAUGUUACAAAUACCAAAAAAUUGGAGUGUUUAGGUACAGUGACAAUGUCACUUAUCAGCUAACUGAGGAAAAUAAUCCACAAAUGCAACUUGCAAGCCCGGUCUCAACAUGCUGUAGCAUGUCGCUGCUCGAUGGUUUAGCCCUAUCCUGUAGAUGUGUCAACUGAGAACCUUUUAUACCACUGCAAACUAAAUGGCCUUAUGUAGCUUAACACUGCCACAUUCGGGUGUUCAAUUCUUACAGGAGCCACACAUUCACUACCAGAUACCAGAUUCCAGCAACGGUAUGUUUCUUCUGCCAUAAGACUGCAGCAUUAUCGGCUGCACAUGUGAAGAAAUGUGUAAAAACUUUUGUAAUUUAACUCUUUGUUGUUUCCACCUUCCUUCAACUUGCCUUAUUUGCUAGUAGUGAUUUCCUACAUUUCCCAAAAUGCCUUUGGAUAAACUCCUUGGUCAUAAAAGGAUUUUUUUUUACACACUAUUCAAAGCCUCAAAUGUGCCCACAUAGUAAGCUGUUGUUAAGCAGUACUUAACAUUUAAGAAAAAUUAAGAAAAUCAAUAUCAAUAUCAAUAUUCCUGAUUGCAAAUACACUGAGCAUCAGCCAGAACAGCAGGUCUGGGAGCAGCAGCAACAGCUGAUGUUGAAGAAGGAAUCCCCAUAACUCUCUGUUCCUCCAUUCACUCCCACUUUCAUAAUCUCUGUGACUCUUACAGGUGAUUAUCCCCAGAUUUAGACUCCUCUGAGGAUCUCUGUGGGGCUCAAUGGGAUCGGUGCAGACUACUGUACGCACAAGGAAGGACAAGGGCUUUGACAAGGCAUGCCAGAAUGCCUAAUAAUAGAGGCUGAGUGAUGGUUUCCCCUCACUUACUGAGACCUUGUGGUUCUAGCAAAGGCUUAAACAUUGACCUUGAGCUUAAAGGCCAAGCCAAUGUCCUGUGCUGUACGCAGCUCCUGCUGGACAGACCCUGUGCAGUACAGCGCUCCUGUAAUCUCCACAGAGCACAGGUCAAUGCUGGUGUGAGGCCUAUUUUUGGUGGUUGGUCGAUGCAAACAUGUUAAACAGACAUUCAUUCAAGGAAAAACCUGCCAAUCUGACUUUGAAAAUAGCAGUUUGAUUUCGGCUUCCUCCUCUUAGGUUCUGCUCCUAUGUCUGGUUUCAUUCAGGUCAGAAACACACACACACAGUUUGAGGAUGUAGAGGGCCAUAAAUGUGUCCUGGGUUUCUUUGGUUUACAUCUAUCCAGCAUUCAUUAGUUACUCAUGACUCCAGAAGUCACACAGUCCAUGGGUAUACCAUUUUCCAAAGUAUAAGCAGGCCCCAGUUCUUCCAACAGUCCACUACUCUCCACAGUCUCCACAGUCUACGUUUAUAUUUGUCAAUGUGAAAUGAAUUAUGCAACUUUUUUUUUUUUUCUCAUUUGCUUAUCUUUUUGACUUGUGGAUUCAUUUUGUUGUCUGUUGCUCUUUUUGUGCAGUGACAUAUCAAAAAAGAAAGAUGUUUUUUCUAUGUAAAGGAACAAAAGAACUUUUUUUUUCAAUGUGUAAAAUCAAGGGUAGAAUGUUGAAAUAUAAGACUAGCAGAAAAAAAUAUAUUUCCUCCCUUGCCAAAGUGAUAUGCAAAAUUUCAUUAAUUUUCAAAGAUUUUUUAAACUGCAUGUGUAAUGGCUAGAAUAAGCAUGUUUCUAUGUUUUCUUCAACAGAAUCUUAAAAGAAAGACUUUUUUUUAGUCCAAACUGUGGAGCGAAGCUAUCAUGUCUUGAUGCCAAGUGUGUAUAUUCAUUACCCAGUUCCUCAGACAGUACAGAGCCAGGAAGACAAUACCAACUCAGUGAUUUUAAAACUUCCUAUUCCAGGUUAUCAGUCUCAAAUUUAGCUCCCAAAAGAUUCUGAAAACACGACGUACAGUAAAUCCUCUACUUUAAGAAAUUUGCACAUGAAUAUAUACCUUUACAAUCUGUCGCGGAGGAUGUUUUGAUUUAUACGCCAGUAAAACACAGGGUAAACAGGAAUAUAAGCAUACAGGUUAAAAACUGGCACCAUAAGAUGUCAGACGCCACAACAUUCCAGGGUCUAGUCCCCAGCACAAUGUGUAAUUAACCUGCAAUUUACAGCCUUUUAAUGUGUUAAAUAUGAUUAAAUCCUCAGUGAAGCUCUGUAUGGACAACUUAUUGGGGUACAGUACACUGACAGCAGACUCAGGAAAGAAAACAAUGCUGAUCUUUUACAACAAUCUUUUCUAGUAAAAAUGCUGUUUACGACAUUAACACACACAAACGCUUUUAUAGAAAUGAUAUUAAACAUGUCAGCAUACUGUCAGACCCAGUCACCAGUAUAAAUGUUGGCAGUGUACGUUGACGUCUGCAAGGUUAAAUGUGCUUAUGGUCCGGUUGGGUUAAAGCAUACUGUGCCGACGUCUCCUUAAACAUAUCCAGUUGUUUCACGCUUACAAAUGUUGAAACGCAGGCUUGAACAGCAGUCACUGGCUUGGCAGCCCUCUUGGGUAGAUCCCACCUCCUGACGUGAAAGUCGGCUCGAAGAUGUUGACUGUGAACGUAUCACGAGACAAAGUGUAUGAAUUUUGACUGAUGCAUACGACACGUACAAAUUUGAACGUGUCCAUAGUUUACAGAAAUGUAAACUUCCAACAUCUUCUGGUGUCUGACCUGAACUUUCCAUUUACCAUCUUAUCUUGUACUGUAAAGGCCACCCAAGAAAAUUGUCUUGAAGUCUGAUUAUUUACCUCUUGGUGCUAUUGAGGUUGGACUUGUUACCAAAAACGUUAAUUAAGAUACAUUCCCUUGUCCUCAGCACACUACUGCCCCACAUACCACAUGUCAUGUAGCAAUGCAGAUCUCCUUAAAAAAAACCCAUAAAAACUAGCUGUUACUCCUGACUGUUACUAACAAAUGGGCAACAAAAGCCCACAGCAGGUACUGAUAUCAUGUUCAUGAAACUCUCCACAUUGUACUGCAGAACAGUAGCAAACAAUUUGAUUCCUCAGGAAAGCAGCAUGUAAAUGAGCUGUUUCAUUCAUUAACACAGAGUUCACUCAACUGCUACAUUACUCUCUGAAUCGCUGCCGACAGAACCUUAGAUUAAUUUAGUAAUUACCUUAUGUAGCCAACGCUAAGGGCUGGUUGGUCACCCUUGAACAAGUUGCCCUGUAUCUGGUAUACAUUCAAGGGUUUCUUACUUAAAACAAACUAAAAAGCCAUAGAUUUAAAAAAAGAAGAAAAAUGUUGAACUUGACGCUGUGCAUUACUUUGAAUACAACGUGCACUAAUAGGCCAAGGUUAAUCACAUCCAUAUGUAGUCAAUUAGGCGAUCAUUUUUGCAUUUAAAUGGAAAAUUAGUCAUCUUGUUUCCGAUGAAAAAGCAAGGGUUUUUACUGUGUUUAAUUGAAUGAGAAAAUGGAAGUUAUAAAGCUCCUUUCAUCCAGAUGUUCAGCUUCAAUUUUCAUUUCAUUCUGAAAUCAAACGCUCCCUCCUCCCCGCCUCCAGCCCUGUCUGAUACUGGUGCUGCUGUCCUGCGGGCUGGAUUAUAACAAUUUCAGGGUUCAGAGAAGGACCUCUCAACCUCUCACUAAUCCGUCAUGAUAUCAAUCGUGAUUACUUCAUCUAAUUACACUGAGUGGCAGAUACAGGCAGACUGGAAUUUGAACAUCCGGAUUUGACCAAACAGCCCCCCUGUGCAUCUCUCUCUCACCGGCUCUGCAAACACCUACUGGCAGCAGGGCUGCAGAUGUGAUUCACCAAGUUUUAAUUGUAAAAAGAGAUGAUUAACACGUGGGGCAGAGGAAGAGCAUAUGUCAGGUCCGCCUCUAAACUUUCCACGUCUCCUCACAGACCAGUUCCUCAUGGCCAGGCCCCAGUUAACCCUUAUGUCAUGAUGUGCGUCUGUAAACUGUGUGAGGAGCUACAGUUACAACGAGAGGGAUGAAACCUGAAUGGUCAUUUGUCAGGGGAGUGGGGGAGCAAUGUCAUGUUUAGCCAAUAUUUGGCAUCCUAUUGUGGUAAUCAGCAUCUAAGGGAACAGAAAGGGAAAAUAGUUAAUUACCUUAACCCUAGAAACUUGUCAUUCUUGAGCAUAGCUUCUACUGUGACAUCUGUCUGGAUGUAAAAGCAUGGAAUGAAAACAGGAACGAUGAAAACACUCAAACACACUUCACACUUUGUAACCUUCAUCUAAAAAUCUGUCGUUUCCAGCCGCAGAUUUUAUGGUGUACCUGACGGACCUUCGCUGAAGGUCCACUGUAUAUUUCUGACUGGUGUACUGUAUGUAAAGACUGAAUAAAACCUUGAA